UCAAACAAACGACACGAGGAUUUUCUGAUACUUGUCUUCUGUUAGCUGUAUAAGAAAGAGGAGUGUAAUGAAACAGACACUAAAAUAACAAAGUUUUAUUUUAAAAUUUAUUUAUUUUUAGUCUCUGUUUCUAAAGAAGCUGGAUGGAGAGGUACUCCCACCUGAGUGUCAUCGGGGAAGGGUCUUUCGGCAGAGCUUUGUUAGUAAAAUGCAAAAGCACUCAGGAAAAAUAUGUGCUCAAGGAAAUACAGCUGCCAAAGAACCAGUCCAAGUUGGAGGAGGCGAGACGAGAAGCCAUCCUGCUGUCCAAAAUGAAACAUCCUAAUAUCGUGGCCUUCAGAGAGGCAUUCGAAGCCGAUGGCCUCCUGUGCAUCUUCAUGGAGUACUGCAGUGGAGGAGAUCUGCUUCAGAGGAUUCAGCGACAGAAAAACACCCAGUUUGGGGUUGAAAAUAUCUUGAAGUGGUUUGCUCAGAUGUGUGCUGGUGCGCAGCAUAUUCACGAUAAGAGAGUUUUGCACAGAGAUUUGAAGUCCAAGAACAUUUUCCUGACGGAUGACGGUUCCGUGAAGCUGGGGGACUUCGGCUCUGCUUGUGUUCUGAACAGCUCGAGGGCUCACGCUCAGGCGUACGUGGGGACGCCGUAUUACGUGGCGCCAGAAAUCUGGGACAGCAAGCCGUACAACAACAAAAGCGACGUGUGGUCACUGGGCUGCGUCCUCUACGAGCUCUGCACGCUGAAACACCCGUUCCAGGCGUCCAGCUGGAAGAGCCUGAUUCUGAAGGUGUGUCGGGGAGCCUACCCUCCCCUCCCCGACCACCUGCCUUACGAGCUGCAGUACUUGAUCAGGCACAUGUUCAAGAUGAACCCAAAGGACAGGCCGUCCGUGCGCACCAUCCUGACCUCUCACCGAGUUUCCAAGCUCCUGUGUUCGCAUCUGCCCUCCCAGCCCACAGAGGAGAGGAGGCGUUUAGGUCGAUGGAACAGAGAGGAGGGAAGGAAAGUGACUAAUUUCCUCGGGGAGAAGAGUUUAAUAACAUCAACCUCUGAAGGUGUGGAUUUACCCAGAAGCUCUUAUGAAAGCACGGAGCCGGUGCGUCGGAUGCAGUGGGAGUCCGAGCCCCCCGAUGCCGUGCUGCAGAUGUUAGCCGGUGCCAGCCUGAUGUCAUCGGACAGCGUGGCGUCGGCCCAGCACAGCGGCUCUAUCCGAGGACGUGUGUCGGGUGAUCCAGAAGACCGCAGGCAGAGGAAACGAUGGGAGAGAGUUCCUCCUGAGAGGCUUCUGAGCCUGUUAGAGAAGGCUCAGCUGAACAGAGCUUUUAGCACGUUUUUGAUACACAAAGGAGGGACUUUGAGGAAGACUCGUCUUCUGACUGGAUGGAUGAGAUUGAGAAAAUGUGUUUGGAACACUAAACUACACUCAGACUGCCGACGUCGUUGUUCUUCACGUUCAUAAAAAUACACUAACAUUUUAACAAGAAAAGAGAGUUUUACGCAGUGUAAAAAGGCUGUUUGGUGAAAUAACUUAAUUUUGGUGGCUCAGUGGGUCUGUAACCCUGAGGGUUUCAGGUUUGAGCCCAGGAAGUGUUAAACAACCUGACAGUGGCAACCUCUGAAGAAGGAAGCAGCCAAAACAAAAACACUGAUGGUUUAAACAGAACAUCAGCAAUAGAUUUCUCUGAAGGCUGAAGGUCAUUAUGGAAGAUUGAUUGGAAAAACAGGAAACACUAAACCGGGCCUGUGUCUUCUUUUUUUCUUUUUCUUUUUUUUUUUUUGAAGUUCAUUUCCUCUUUGAUAUCAAAGUAGACUAAACAUGCUCAGUCCUUUAUUCUGUUUGUCUUUCAUGCUUUCAAAGAGACCCAACUAACCCUCCAUCCGGCCCUUUGUCCUGUGAGGUAACAACCUGUUGUUUUUGAAAUGUGCUUUAUAAAUAAAUGGGACUUGAUUUGA